GCCCGCCCGCCGCGCCGCCCGCCUGAGCCGCGGGGCUUCCUGAGGGAGCGGCGGCGGCGGCGGAACCCAGCGCAGCCAUGUGAUGCCGGAGGAGCGCGGUGGCGAUGAUAUGGAAUGUGGGCAGCUGCCUUCGGACACGCUCCGACAGGUGACGGUCCAGCGCCACCCCCUCUACGGAUUCGGCUUCGUGGCUGGCAGCGAGAGGCCGGUGGUGGUGCGGUCGGUGGCAGCAGGCGGCCCCUCUGAGGAUAAACUCCUGCCAGGAGACCAGAUCUUGGCCAUCAACGAUGAGGAUGUGAGUGAAGCCCCCAGAGAGAGAUUCAUCGAGCUUGUCAGGAAGGCCAAGGACUUCAUCAUCCUCACGGUCCUGCACACCCACCAGUCUCCCAAAUCUGCUUUCAUCAGCGCAGCCAAGAAGGCGAAGCUCAGGUCCAACCCGGCCAAAGUCCGAUUUUCAGAGCAGGUGACAGUCGGCGAGACAGACCCAGACAUGUUGAAGAAAGAAGCUCUCCUCCUCAUUCCCAACGUGCUGAAGGUUUUCCUGGAGAACGGGCAGAUCAAAUCCUUCACGUUCGACGGCCGAACCACUGUGAAGGACGUGAUGGUGACGCUGCAGGACCGCCUGUCGCUGAGGCACAUCGAGCACUUUGCCCUGGUCCUGGAGUAUUCCAGCCCGGAGCAGAGCCACCGCUUCCUGCUGCUCCAGGACAAGCAGCCACUGGCCCACGUUGUGCAGAGGACACACUACCAUGGCAUGAGAUGCCUCUUCCGUGUGAGCUUCUUCCCCAAGGACCCGGUGGAGCUGCUGCGCCGGGACCCUGCAGCAUUCGAGUACCUGUACAUCCAGAGCCGCAACGAUGUGAUCAGAGAGCGCUUCGGCACCGACCCCAAGCCAGAGAUGCUGCUGGGGCUGGCUGCCCUCCACAUCUACAUCACCGUCUCAGCCACCCGCCCCAGCCAGAAGGUCUCUCUCAAGAAUGUGGAGAAGGAGUGGGGCCUGGAGCCCUUCCUGCCCCCCUCGCUCCUGCAGCUCAUCAAAGAGAAGAGCCUCCGGAAAUCCCUCUCGCAGCAGCUCAAAGCCCACCAGCACCAGCCUGGCGGCACCAAGGUCUCCACGGCCCAGGCAAAGCUGCAGUACCUGAGGAUCCUGAACGAGCUGCCGACCUUCGCUGGGGUCCUCUUCAACACAGUGGGGCUGGAUGAGAAGCAGCCAGCCACCACCCUGCUGGUGGGACCCCGGCACGGCAUCAGCCACGUCAUCGACCUGAAGACCAACCUUACCACGGUGCUGUCCGAGUUCAGCAAGGUCAGCAAGAUCCAGCUGUUCAGGGAGAACCAGGGGGUGGCCCGGGUGGAGACAAGCAUCCUGGAUGCCAAGCCGCUGGUGUUGCUGAUGGAGUGGCCUGAAGCCACCAACUUUGCCUGCCUCAUCGCGGGCUACUGCCGUCUGCUGGUGGACUCCAAGAAGAUGAUCCUGUCCAGGGCCCCCAGCCAGCCACCCCCACCCCAGAUUAUCAAGGCAGAUUACAUCAACACACACAACUUCCACCGGCCUGCCGGGGCAGGGCACGUGGGAAAGAAAGAGAACGGCUUGGUGGGUGGCUCUGCCACUGUCACCGGAGCAGCCGGGGCUUCAGCCACCAGGGCUUCUGACUCGGAGCUCAUCCGCUUUUGCUACCUGCACAUGCGAGAGCAGAGGAAGGAAAGAGAGAGCGGGACGGACAUCAAUGAAAACCUGAUUUUUUUCGAGGAAACUCGUCCCAGGACCAAAUCUGACCCCACCUCCAAAAGCUCCGGCCAAGGCUACAACGGGGCGGCCAACGAGUACGACCCCGACGGCCUCGACCACGAGAGGCACGCGAGCAGGGCCAGGGCACACACCAUAGACACCCACCUGCGGAGCGACGCCUCGCACUUCUACUGCGAGUCCUGCCAAGCCAAGAUCAAGGGCCGGCUGGCCUCGUGCACGGGGGGCAAGCCCAGCGCCGCCCGGGACAACAUGGUGGACUUGAUGUCGCUUCCCCCUCCCGGGAACGACGAGGAAGAAGACGAGACCGCGUCCCUGCUCCCCGCCAUCGCCGCCCCUCCUCCCGGCUUCCGAGACAACAGCUCCGACGAGGACGACCCCAAGCGCCGGGCGGCUGCCCAGAGCCAGGAGCAGGGCCGGCACCUCUGUGGCAUCCUCUACGACGAGAUCCCCGUGACGCUGAUAGACAGCGUGCAGCCACGGACGGUCCGCGACCACGCCCAAGAGCUGGACGAUGCCCUGGUGUCCACCCUGCAGGCGCUGGAAGCCCUGGCUGCUUCGGAGGAUUGCCCGCAUCCCCCACCACAGCAGACAGCAGGUCUUAUUGUCCUGGCUGCCAUCACUCCCGAGUCGUCCUUGGACUCUGGCCAUGAGACGAACUCCUCAGAGCUCACCGAUGUCUCAGAGAUGGUCUCUGCUAUGAAGCAGCACCAGAACGCAGCCUACUUCCUCACACAACACAUCAACAAAGAAAACCUCCUGGCCAGGAAGGACUUGCCUUUCCGAAUCCAGAGCUGUGCUGCCCAGGCUGUUCUCACCUCACCCUACCCCCUGAGCCGCCAGGAGCCAAACCCUUCAGUGAAGCCAGCUGCCUCUCCCCAAAGUCCUGGCCUUACCAACUGCAAGAGCAAACAGGAGCAGCAAUGUGCUGAGCGGAGCUACACCUCAGCUGUCCAGCCAGGGCUGACCCCCCAGCUCAGCGAGCAGAACAAGGGGCCUCCAGUGCCAAGCGCUGAAAGCAAAGGUGCAGGCCACACAAAAGCUGCCUUUGAGGUAUCUCUGCAUCCCACAGCAGCCCUGAGCAGGGAGCAGUCACAGGAUCUACAGGAGAAGGUGCCCAAAGAGGUGCAGCCAAUCUCCAAGCUCCUCCUGGACCAAAAGGGCGGUGUAACUCCAGCCAUCAUUUCAGCUGCUCUGCAGCAAGUGGCAAAUGCAAAAGCCUCAGCUCCCCAAGUGGUAUCAGCCUUAAAAGAGGACCAGAAUGUGAAUGGUACCAGCAGCUGUGCAUUAGCCAGCAGCAAGCCUUUGACACUUAAAGGAGGUCCACAACCUGCAGAGACAUUAUGCAACUGUCAGCAGCAGCAGCAGCAACUCUCUCAGCAGCAGCACUGUGAAGUCUCUCCAAGUCCUAAAGAAGCUCAUGGCAGUCAGGCUGAAGCUUUCCACCUCGCCUCAGCAGGUGAGGAAAUGAUGUCCAGUAAGACUUUUGCCUCUAAAAGCUACCAGCAAAAAGUGAGUAAAGAUGUCCCAGGAAAAGCUGCAAGCGGAGAGACGGGGCAGAAGGCAGGUGGGGAAGCUGCGAGCCUCGUCUUGCAGAAACACACGGCUCCUUCAAACCCAGGACAGAAAGUGCAACAGGAAAGUUCAGCCAAAAUCUUAAAAGCUGAGAGCAUCAAAGCUCACUCUCCAUCACCCGGUGGCAUUUUCAGGAGCACCAGCGAGGAAGCCAAAGGGCCAAUCCAGCUGAUGCCCAGAUCCGAGAGCCUGCAGAUUAGCACUGUGCCUUCUAAAAAAGUAGAAAAAGUGCUGGAGGUGGCCCAACAAGAUGCCGAUGUCCCAGCUAAACCCAAAGCCCCAAAAGCUCCCUUCAGGUUCAGGAACCUGUUCUCUGCAACAUUUCCCACGCGGCUGAAGAAGGAGACGGACGAGCGGCAGGCCCAGCUGCAGAAGGUGAAGCAGUAUGAGCUGGAGUUCCUUGAAGAGCUGCUCAAGCCAAAGAGCAAAGGUGACCUCCCCCCACAGGAGUAUCUGCACCCACCCGCCCCUGGGCGCUGCAGCUGCCAGCUAAGGAGCAGUCCUGUGCAAAAAGUCCCAGGGAUGUCCAGGGAGCAAAGGCGCAGCUGUGACUGCAAGAGGAUUUGCAGGGGAAUGAGGCCGCCCCCGAAUCAGUUGGUGAUACCAGAACUGGAGAGGAGAGGGAGGGAUAAAGCUGCAGAUGACCAGAAGCAGGUAGAAGCCAUUAGGCUGACAAGCAUGAGCAGCCCUUCCAAAGGCAAGCGGAUACGAUCCACGAGUUUAGAGUCCAGAGACUACCGGUCAGAUCCAGAGAACGGCGUGUCCUGUUUGGCAACGUGCACUUCCCGAGGGGAGUGCAUGGGAGCACCACACUACAGAAAGCUCUUGCGUCGCUACAGUGUCAGUGAAAUAGAUAAGACUGAUAGGACAUCCCUGUCCUCUGACAUCUACCAGAGCAUCUACACGACCAAGCAGAAAGGCCCCCAGAAAGAGCCUGAGCCCAGCAUCAUCUGUCCUGUUCUGAAGAGCAAAAUCCAGGAGGCCUCCGGAGUGGCUGACCCCUCCUAUGUCCAGAUAGCACAGGAUAAAAAGAACCAGAAAGCUUCAGGAGUGUUCUCUGUCCAGGAGGAGAUGUACCCGAGUCCUGCUGAGCUGCGGGAUGAAGACAUGGAGGACAAGAAGUGCUGCUCCAUCCGGUACUGCUUCUACUACAGGAAAUGCGAUGUUGCGGAUGAUGGGAGUGAAAAGGACGAGCUGUCCUAUUCCAUCCCCAUGCAGAUACUCCCAGGAAUGAAGCUGGACAAUCAGAUGGUCCCAGUCAUGAGCAGGACCCUCCAGGUCCUAGAUGCAACAGCCUGCAGCAGUCCCAAUGACAGUCAGACCCAGGAAAUAGAUUUAAGGACCUCCAGUUUUGAGGGGAGCUUGGCGAAGAUCAACACCCUUCGAAGCCACGCCUACAGCUUUCCCAACGGGUUCCUGCAAGUGCAGCUGGACACCAAUGAGCUCCUGACCAUCCUGAGGCAGUGUGUGGUGAGCCCCGAUGUCCGGGACUGCAAACCCUACAUCUCCCAGCUGGCUGAGUACAAGCAAGAGCUCGCCCUCAAGUUCAAGGAGUUUCGGGCGUCCUGCCGCCGCGUCGCGGCCGUUGACAAGAGCCCUUCCCACAUGCUCUCUGCCAUCACGAGCAGCUUCCAGGUGCUAAGCAGCCUCAUCGAGACCUUCGUGAGGCUGGUGUACGUCGUGCGCUCGGAGUCCCAGCGCCAAGAGCUGCUGACGAAAGUGGAGGAGGUGGUGAGGAACUACACCUUCCUCCUGAAGGCGGCGGAGGAGUCCACGGCCAGGAUGCUGAGCCACCAGCAGACCGUGGAGCAGCUCGCCCGCCAGUCCGCCACGGUUGCCACUGUCAUGAGCACGCUGACACGCUCCCUAAAGACGCUGAUCAAUAAGUAAGCCACAGCUGUGAAGACCAGCGAGCCAGUGUGUGUGCCAGGCCGUGUGGUAGCGGUUCUCCAGUCCCACAGGUCUGGUGAGGACGCGUGUCCGCAGCCCCACAUCCACCGGGGUUUGCAGCAGCCAAGACACUCUUUGAUCUCUGCAGGAUGGAUGGUGGUGUGGUGGUGGUGGUGGUGGCGGUGGUUUUGAAGGGUGAAUUCAUGUCCUGUCACAAGCUGUGCAAAACCAGCUCAUCAAGGGGCUCAAGCAGCUUCUUUGCUUGUUCUCCCACUCUGGCCUUGCCAGUGACGGUACUUGGGAGGCAGAGCCACCCCAUCUCCACACUGAUUUGGUUCCACGGGCUUCUGGGCCUCACUGGUGCAAAGACCUUUGUCACAGUUUGUGGUGGGCCAGUGAGUUAUCAGGAGCUUGAGCUGAGAUCUCCUGGCUUCACUUGGGCAAUGUGGAGCCAGCCCAGUGUCUUGCCACGUAAACAGCUCUUCUGCCUCCAGGAUCUUCCUGGCCCACAAAUACGACAUCAUUAGCAGCAGAAGGGACCUACAGGGAUACAGCAGGGGUGAAAGUCCCCGCUGCUAUGCUCGGGCUUGGGAAGUAGUCCUAGCACGGGCGGGAUGCCAUGAUCCUGGGACAGAGCUCGGUCACCCUACUAGGCUCUACUGUCACAGCUUAGGCAGCAGUGCUCUAGUCCUGAGCACUGGUACUGCCUGUGCAAAAGGCAAGGGCUUCAUGCCUGCGAGUAGGGAGGAUCCAGGGAACUACAGGCCUGUCAGUCUGACCUCAGUGCUGAGAAGGUCAGGCAGCAGAUCAUCUUGAGUGCCAUCGCAUGGCACGUACAGGACAAGGGGAUCAGGCCCAGCCAGCGUGGGUUUCUGAAAGGCAAGGGCUUCUUAACCGGCCUGGUCUCCUUUUAUGACAGGGAAACUCAGUUAGUGGAUGAAGGAGAGGCUGUGGGUGUUGUGUACCUAGGCUUUAGUAAAACCUUUGACACUGUGUCCCACAGGAUUCUCCUGGACAAACUGGCUGGAUGGCCGGGCCCAGGGAGUGGUGGGGAAUGGAUUUAAAUCCAUCUGGAACCAGUCACUAGUGCUGUCCCAGGGAGCAGUGUUGGGGCCAGGCCUGUUUAACACCUUUAUCAGUGAUCUGGACGAGGGGAUUGAGGGCACCCUCAGUCAGUUUGCUGAUGACACCAGGUUGGGUGGGAAUGUUGACCUGCUGGAGGGCAGGAAGGCUCUGCAGAGGGAUCUGGACAGGCUGGAUCCAU